CAAGCAUCAUGGCGCUAAAGAAGUUAAAGUGCGUGACUUCACUCGAAAAAUUUCAUCAAAUUGGGUCUUUAUUUUUCCUCCAUGAUCAAGGGCAUACAGCAGAGAGCUCUAGAAGUCUUCUUACAAGCAUUUGGAACAAAGACUUUGAGUUUGACCAUAUUCGAGUAAUUUAUCCGCAAGCUCCAGAUAUUACUUUCCAGGUCGCUCAUGGCGGACUUGAACAAGGGCUUUGGUACGAGCGAAACACGUUAAGCCCCACUGCUAUGGAGAGGAUGGACUCGAUUGAUCAUUCCUGCAGCUUGAUUUGCAAUUUGAUUGAUCAAGAAAAAUCUCGCGGAAUUCCAAUGGAUAGGAUCGUCAUUGGGGGAUUUGGUAUGGGAGGGAAUCUCGCCAUGCAUAUAGGGUUCAGGUAUGCUCGUAAAAGGGUCAUGAUUUACAGAUAUAAUAUUCGAACUCAAUUUUGGUGGCAUAAAAUUAAAACUAAAUGGUCGAUAAUACUAACCAAACACCCCCAAAAGACAUAAAAUACACUGAUCAUGACAUUCCCAUGGCAUGGUUAACUUUCAAUCGUAGUUUUAGCGAGGAUAAAUUAAAGUGAAAAUGUGGGUGACAUUUACAUGGCGUGUGUAGACCCAUCACUGAAGAAAGCUGUUUUUUUCAUCACGUCACGAGCGUGGAAAAAGAUAAAAAUUACGGGUUCCCAUGAGGGACCUUCUGCUCUCGCUCUCCAAUGGUUUACCACUAGGCCACAGAGCCUCACAUUGACAGAGUUAAUAUUUGACACGUGUUUCGCAUACCACUGUAAGAACCAUUACUAAAAUUGAAUAUUGCGUGACAUAGAAAUCGCACGUGACACUGUAAGACUUUUCCUUUUUUCUUUUGUCCAUCAGGUUUCUCACGAACAUUGCCGGUGUUUUUGCUCAUUCUUCCAUCUUAUCGACGCGGUCGACUGUGUUUGAGACAAUAAGAAAAGAGAGAGAGCUUAACAAGGACAAGAAGUUCCCUGCUUUGUUUAUGUGGAAUGGAAGAAGAGAUAAGAACUGGCUGAGAUGGGCCGCACACACUGCAGAGUGUUUUAUGGACUUGAAGAUACAAACUGAUUUCCAAGUAAAUUACGCAAUGCAAGGACAUGAAAUUAUAUCAGAUGAAAUAAUUUACUUAAGGAAAUGGGUGGAACGAAUGAUUCCUAAUCUUGACAGAAAUGUCAAUGAUCAAUAAAGUAAAUAAGCGGAUGCACUUGUUUCUUGUUUG